AUGUCCACGCAGGUUAUCGUCAAUGGAAAUGAGCUCUCGACUGCAGUGCCUUCCACGUCGGAUACAAGCUCUACAAACUUUAUAGUCGUUCGAGGCACUAGACGAAUUAUCGCUGAUGACAAAAGAGAACUCGCCAAGAAAGGUGCCGCAGUUACUGAAUACCUCGGAAACGACAUAUACCUCUGCCACUACGAGCCUUCUAAUCUUCAACCCAUUCGGGACUUGGAAUUUGUGGCACAGGCCAACAUUUUCCCCCAUGAUGUUAAAAAGUCUAGAAGUAUAGUCGACGCGAUAAAAUCGAGUGAGAGUGAGGGUCAUCCCAAGAAGACUUUCGAUGUCGAAAUCUUCCUCCACAAGGGAGAGAAGGUAUCGGACAGUUUUAUUAACGAUCUACGUGAGAAGACUGGAAUAGUCCCGAAGGAUAUAGUCGCGGAGGAGAACGUCAUCAAGCUUACGGCUGAUGCCUCCACGAUCGACAAAAUUGUGGAAGUUGACGCCAUUAAGGCUAUAGAACAGUCCAUAAAGCCGAAGCUGUUCAACGACAUAUCUCGAGAGGAUAUAGGCAUUGUUUAUCCACGAGUAUCUCCUCUCGGUGUGAACUAUGAAGGCCAAGGCCAGGUUAUAGCCAUAGCUGACACAGGAUUCGAUACUGGGUCAAAGGAUAGCCCUCACCCGGCAUUCAGGGGGAGUAUUGUGGCUCUGCUCUCGAAUAAGCAACGAGCUGGUAGAACCGAUGACCCUGUUGGCCAUGGAACCCACGUGGCUGGGUCAGCCUUGGGCGAUGGAUGGUCAGACACCAUGGGAGGCAGCAUUCAGGGAGCGGCACCGAAAGCAUCGCUGGUCCUUCAAUCUAUCCUCGACAGCGAUGAUGUAAACAUCAGGAUACCCAGGGAUCUCACAGGACUCUUCGACGAGGCCUACUCCACAGAUGUCAUCGUCUUCGCCGCGGGCAACGACGGUGAAGAGAUGUCCUAUUACAGCAAAAUGAGCCAAAUCGGAAGCACCAGUGCCGCCAAGAACAGCAUUUGUGUUGGUGCUACAGAGUCCCGUCGACCUUCAAUUGGGCAGAAAUAUGACCCAGGGGGGUUUAUUGGACACCCAGACAAAAUUGCAUACACCAGCUCACGAGGCCCUACGUUCCACAAGAUUAUUAAGCCCGAUGUUGUGGCUCCGGGCGUUGCCAUCCUCAGCACAUGUUCGCGCCAUGAAGCCAUGGCAGAUAGGCGUCAAUACUUUGGCCAGACAGACGACAACAACUGGAUGUUCUAUUCUGGCACGAGCAUGGCGGCUCCCCUAGUCUCGGGCUGCUGUGCAGUACUGCGCGAGGCACUGCAGUCAAACAAUAAGACGGCUAGUCCUAGCGCUGCUCUCGUUAAAGCAUUGUUGAUCAACGGGGCCGACGAUCUCAAGCUACCUAAGCCUGACCAGGGAUUUGGUCGAGUCAAUCUGAAGGAAUCCCUUCGUUGUGUCGUCGAGUCUGGUCCGGGGGAGCAGGUUGACUGGGAGCAGUUUGGCUUCGAGGAUGUGGGUGGUGAGAACGCAUUAAAGGAGGGCAAGACGUGGCCGCGGGAACCAAAGAAGAUCGAUUUUACGGGAGACCAUACCGGGACUCUGAAGGUCACUUUGGCAUACUCGGACCCCCCAGGAGAGAAUCUGCAAAAUAACCUGAUACUCAAGGUCGUCAUCGAACAGCAAUCCGGGGUCUCGGAGGAACAAAGGGGCGAUGAGGGUUUCGUGGCGGAGAACAACGUCGAGCAGGUGAAAUGGGACAUAACAUCGAAGGAUAAGGCAGCUUGGAUCACUGUCAUAGCCGACAGAAUUGCUCAGCUUGACGGCUUGCAGCCUUUUGCUGUGGUAUGGGGUAUUUACUAA